GACUUAAAGAUGAACUGGCAGCCGAAGUGAGGUUGGACAGGUCAGGCUCGAUGCGAGCAGCCGUUGAGUCGGCUAGAUUGCACGAGGAACAUCUUGUGGCGAUACGCAAGGCCAAGCCGAGCGACACACGCACGGAUACCAAGCGCACGAACACCGCAACCGAGGAACUGGCAGGGCGAACGGAGAGCAAACCGAUGGGCGAGAUUGUUCGAACGACGAGCAACAUACGAGGGCUUACCGACGAAGAGAUGCAACGACGGCGAGAAAAAGGCCUUUGCUAUUCGUGCAACGAAAAGUUUACGCCAGGCCACAGGUGCAAAGGUAAGGAGGUCUUUUUGUUGGAAUUUGAGGAAGAAGAAGAACCAAGGGAGGAGUCUCUAUUACAUAUGGUUAAAAGCAAGAAACGUGGUCCGAAGAUGAUCACAUUCACGGCUGAAGUGGGAGGAAAAUUGGUGGAAGUAUUGGUCGAUAGCGGAUCAACGCUAAACUUCAUUGAUGAGGAGUU